AUGGCUGCAGAGUCUGAGACCAAACACAAUCGCCCGAAGCAAAGUUGGAAUUCGUCGACAAAGUUAGCUCAGCCUCAACAUUCAGUUGUGACGGUGAAGGCACAAGGAAGACAAGCAACCGACGCGCCUUCGCGUGCUACAGUGAAAACUGAGGUACCGCAGGUGCAGCCAGAAACAAGAGAAAUAUGUGACGAGAGGCGUGCAAUGGAGAACGACCAGCAAACGCUGACGCGAGAGCUACUGGAACGUGCGGUAUCCACAGCAUUUGGUGGCUUAUUGAAAGACUUUACUUUAGAUAAUCCCACUGUUCUGGAAGACGAAUCUCAGAUGAGUGAGCUUUCUAGCACGUGCGACAAUGAAAGGAUGCUUCGAGUAAGUAGCCCAGUAACCAAUAUUGAAGCAAAGCUUCGCGCCAUUCUAGCAAAAAGUACCUCAUUGUCAGCAAACUACCACCAGAAAUGGCGUGACCACUCGGAUAAUACGCAGCAGGCUGAAAGAAUCACAAAAGUAGAAAAAGAAUUUCAACGGCGAAUGAAAGAUGCAGUUUUCAAGCACCACGAGCGAAAAAUGGCUUUGCAUGCCCUACAAGCGCGUAUCAAGCGUGAGAUAGAGUAUCUUAUAUCCACAGCUGUGGAUCUCGAGAAGAAGGAAGUUCUUCUCGACGAAGCACUUGAGAAUUAUGAGCGUGCGUUACGUCAAGAACUCGGUGUCUCUGACAAAAGUAAACAGAGUAGAGAUUAA